AUGGCACGCCCAUGGCCUUUUACAUGUCCCUGGCGAAGUAUCUUGGCUUUGCUAUCAAGCGUUUCUCUUUCCAUUGCAUUAUCUAUCCCAGAAGAUGCCAAUGAGUACGGCUUCUCAUUCAAAUAUCGCGAUGUCGGAAGAGUAGUACCAGACUUCGUGAUUAAUCACGGUAAGAGAACAUCUCCACUACCCUCACUUGUUUCGAAAGAUUCCCAGAGAUUGCACCUGGCAAAAUCAGACGACCCAUUCCGCCCGGCAGAUAUACUCGAACAUGUCCGCCAUACCACGCCGAUGGUGCACAUGGAGCCCAUCAGAGAACUGCCACAACUCGAUCUCGAUAAUUUGGCUAUGCUAAACGACUACUGGAACAACGGCCCAGUUUCGCUAACUGCAAACGGCGACAUCACCAGUCUUCCUACCUGGCUCUUUGGAGAGACGCCAGAUGAGUCGGGCAAGCUCCACAAUGCCACCUCUUGUGUUGUGAUCACCGUCGAUAGGGGCCCAGGAGAUCUGGAUGCCUUUUACUUCUACUUCUACUCGUACGAUCAAGGGGCAAACAUCACUCAGGUUCUACCACCUAUGAAUGGGUUGAUAGAAGACACUGAGCAUGGAAUGCACUUCGGCGAUCAUGUUGGUGAUUGGGAGCACAAUAUGAUUCGGUUCCACGACGGGAAACCUACCGGUAUCUAUUACAGUCAACACUCUUCGGGCUCUGCCUACAAGUGGGAUGAUAAGGACGUAUCAGUGGAAGAUGGUCGGCCUAUAGUUUACAGCGCAUGGGGUUCUCACGCGAACUGGGCAUCUCCUGGGUGA